UCUCAAUGUGAUUAUGUUGCAACAAGAGCAAGUAACUUAGAACGUCAUAUUAAGUAUAAACAUGAGGGUGUGAGAUAUCCUUGUCCUCAUUGUGAGUUUGCUGCAACUACAUCAAGUAACUUGAAGAAUCAUAAAGAAUAUAAACAUGAAGGUGUGAGAUAUCCUUGUCCUGAAUGUGCUCAUGUUGCAAAAAGAGCGUGGAAUUUAAAGAAUCAUUUAGUAAGAAAACAUGAAGGUUUUAGAUAUUCUUGCUCUCAAUGUGAGUUUGCUGCUACAACAGCAAGUCAGUUAAAGGGACAUGUUAAAAGUAUACACGAAGGAGUGAGAUAUUCUUGUUCUCAAUGUGAGUUUACUGCAACUACAGCAAGUCAUGUAAGGAGACAUGUUGAAAGUAUACACGAAGGAGUGAGAUAUCCUUGUUCUCAAUGUGAGUAUGCUGCAACUACAGCAAGUAACUUAAAGAAUCAUAUUGAAUAUAAACAUGAGGGUGUGAGAUAUCCUUGUCCUCAAUGUGAGUUUGCUUCAAUUACAGCAAGUGAUUUAAAGAGACAUGUUGAAAGUAAACACGAAGGAGUGAGAUUUCCUUGUUCUCAAUGUGAGCAUGUUGCAACAAGAGCAAGUAAUUUAAAGAGUCAUGUUGAUAGUAUACAGUGACAUACACGAAGGAGUAAGAUAUCCUUGUUCUCAAUGUGAGCAUGUUGCAACAAGAGCAAGCCAUUUAAAGAGACAUGUUGAAACUAAACACAAAGGAGUAAGAUAUCCUUGUCCCCAAUGUGAGUUUGCUGCAACUACAGCACGUUACCUGAAAAUUCAUGUUAAAAAUAAACACAAAGAAGUGAUAUAGCCUUGCCCUGAAUGUGAAUCUGUUGGAACUAUAGCAAGGAAUAUGAAGAGUCAUGUGGAAAGUAAAAUGUUGUCUGAUGUGUUAUGUUUUUGAUUAAGCAUGAAUAGUUUUAAAGUUAGUUCUACAGAAUGAUGGUUGAUUGCUUGUUUGUUUUCUAAUUAAAUCUAAUUGGAGUAUCUAAUGUUUUCCUUAGAUUUUGUUUAUUAUCUUGCGUAGAUUCUCAAAUACAGGGUUACCCACAAAAGAUGAGACUACAUAGACGACCUGAAACUGAGAAUAAUAUGAAGAUACUAAGGUUAAAUUAAGUUUGCUGCUGUAAUGGGUUAUUUAAUGAUUUGGCAAAAAAAAAACAAGUUUACAUUUGCAGGGAGUCGUGAAUAUAAAGAAACAGUCUGAAGUUUUAUCUUUUAUGAGUAACCCUUUAACUUAAUUAUUAUAUGCUCCCUUUAAUUUAAAAUAAUUUACAAAAUCACACUUUUAUAAAUUUAGCUUAAUACCUGA